AAUCCUUCCUUCCUCCUCCAAGGUCCAGAACCCAGAACCCUCGGUCGGUCAUGGCAGCCGACGUGCCGUCCGAACCUCGCAAGUUAAGACGCACCACCAACGCAUGCGUGGCCUGCCGCCAAAGCAAGAUUAAAUGCUCGGGCGACGAUCCCUGCGCCAACUGCCAGCGUCGCGCCCUUAGUUGCCACUUUGUCGAAGGAGGCAACAAAGUAACCGUGGCCCAGAAAUACCUUCAGGAGCUUCAGCGGCAGGUGCGCGAGAGACCGCAGUCAUCGCCGAGAACCAAACGUACCGCCGACGCGGCGUUUAGACCGGAGACCGAGGCGGCGCCCGUGGCUCCCGGCGCUGACGAGCUGCCUUCGUAUCAGACCAUUGACCAUGGCCGCAGUGUGUGGACCAGCCCGUUCACCUUGCCGUCAAGGACCAUCAAGAACACAUACAAGAACAAGCGGAACUGGAUCUGGCUGGCUCCCACGUCUGUGUGGUCGUUCACCGCGCGACUGUCGCUGAUGAUGACCGAGAAGCUGUGCAUGCCGUCCCCCUACACGGUUCCCAACUCCCUGGACUGCGAUGUCUAUCCGUUGCGCUGGCGGCCGGCCGCGUUCGACGAUCCGCCAGACAUCAGCGGCCUGCCGUCCAUUGACCACGCGUUGUAUCUCUUCAACACCGUCAAAUUCCAUCUCCACCAGAAUUAUCGUUUCUUCGAAGAGGAAACCUUUCUCGCCCACGUGCACGAGUUCUAUUUUGGCGCCGCUGCCAAGAAGGCCGCGGAAUGUCGGCUCUGGUUUGUCCAGUUCCUGCUGAUGCUGGCCUUUGGCAACGCGUUUCUACAAUCGCGGGCCACGCAGGACCCACCGGGCUCGAAGUUCUUCGUGCGAGCCAUGUCGCUGAUGCCCGAUCAUGCGUCGCUGUGGAAGGAUAGUCUACUGGCGACCGAGGUCCUGGCGCUGGCCAGCCUGUACUUAUACUGCAUUGACCACCGGGAGUCGGCGCACGUCUAUGUGGGCCAAGCCAUCCGUAUCGCUCAGAUGGACGGACUGCACACGGAGUUGCCGGAGGACGAGCUGGGCGUGGAGACGGUGGCGCGCUGCCGCCAUCUUUGGUGGACGCUGUACGUGAUGGACCGGCAUUUCUCGUCGUCGGUCGGGCUGCCCAUGACCACGCAGGACGACGACAUCACGACGGUCAUCGACCCGCCCAGUGCCUGCUCCCAGCGGGAUGCCACCCUCAGCCUGCAUGUGAAGUUGUCCCACCUGCUGUCCGUUAUUCUCACCUCGAUCUACAAAACGGAAAAGACCGCCUUGGGCACGUUCCUAGAAAAGACGAGAUCCAUCCUGCAAACGAUGGCCGGGCACGCCCAGGAGAUCGAAAAUAUUAUUCACCUCAAGUUUCAGAACUCGGUUGAUACCAUGCCGAGAGGGACGCGUCACAUCACGCUGCUGUAUCACCAGUGUGUAAUCUUCGCCACGCGACCGUUGCUUCUAUCGGUUCUGAAAGAACGACUGGACAAGCUUGGGCAUGAAGAGGAGGAUUGGGAGAGCUUCCUGGCCCCGACAAAGACCCUGAUCUCGACGGGGAUCAAGUCGGCGGCGAAGACGCUGCAAAUCCUUGCGGACGAGGACAGUCUUCUGGAAGUCUUCUUGCCCUUCCAACUGGAGUUUACAUACGGGGCCGCGAUCCUGUUGUUGAUGGCGACCACGCUGUUCCCUCAUGCGGCGGAAGGACAGAGCUACAGCACCGAGGCGCACGCAAUACUAGACGAUAUGAUUUACAGAGGGAAUCGCCUGGCGACGGCGCGGAAGACAGAGCUGACCCAUCUAGAAGGCCUGUUCCGUGAGCUCGGGGCGCGCAUUGAGCGGCGGGGCCUUCAGACGCUGACACUGGCGAGUCCCGACCAAAACAUCGGCUUCUUCACGCACGAGACGGGAGAAGACGCGACGCUGACCGACCCGGCCACCUUGACGCCGUCGAUGGUUGGAGAUCCCGAUUGUUCUCCCUCGGGACUGCCGCCGAUCGCCAGUAACUUGGAAUUUCUGGAAAACAUCGGCAUUUCGUCCGACGAGUUCCUGUCAAUUGUCAACCAGAUCGGUAACCCCGUCAGUCACAGCGUCCUGGACCCGGGCCAAGCGCGAAAGUCCGGAUAUUGACAUCAUACGUUGAUUGUCGGUCUCCCUGCAUGCCUCCUUGCCUUUUUGCCCCGAGACUUGAUCCACCCAGGCCCUCGUUUAACCCAAGACUGCUUAAUUUGAAGAAUAGGCCAAUUCGAUGAACUUACUACGGCCCUAAACAACUCCUGCCAGAUUUACGCAGUAGGUAAAAAGUCGACAACCCCUAGCGUCUAGUGAUCCUGUCCGCAGUUCGCAAAGAGGAUGGGUGAAACCAUGUUACCAUGGCAUCUGUGCUUGUCCAUCUGAUUCCACCUUCAUCCCUUCGAUAUGGUGCCGGAAGCCGAGCCCGAAUUGCAAUGAGAGGGCUAUAUUCUUU